AUGGCUCCCGUUAGAAAUAAGAAGAGGGUAUCCGACCAAUCCACCGCCUCAAGGAGGCACGGCGCAGCUACAGACACCAAGGUGCCCAUCAAAAGCCCAUCAACGCCUCACGAUAAAAGCCCAAUCAAGAAGCGCAGGAUGGGAAUUAGCGCCCUGCAGAAACAGGCGUUGAUUGACAAUCUUCAGUUAGAGGUCACCGAACGCGCCAGACGGCUUCGCGCCCAAUACCAGCUUCAAGCACAGGGACUACGGUCACGGAUUGAAAUACGGAUAAACAGAAUCCCCAUGUCUCUGCGAAAGUUGACGAUGGGCGACCUGCUUUUGAAAUGCUCACAACAGGGUCAGGGCCGGGUCGUUUCCAGGCCUCCAGUGCCCGCCAAAGACACACCUCGGUCGAGCCCACAGAGGACGCUGCCAGCUCGCAAUCAAGCUGUAGGCCGCGGCUAUAAGCGCAUGAGCAAUGAGGUCGCAGGAGACAAGGAAAACGACUUUGAAAUCGGGGAUGGCGCCAAGAAGAGAGCUAGAGCAGAGACGGGGCGUGUUAGGCCAAACCAGAUCCUGUCCCCGACUUCAUCCAACUCUCGCCUUGCAAAUCGAGAUCGGCCUGUAUCGCCGGCGAAGCCGCAAAUCCCCCGACCUGGCUCCCCGUUAAAAUCCACCGCCGCCUCACGCGCCGCCGCCACGAGUGUUCUCUCCAGCAUGGUGGAAAAGGCCAAGGCUACGCGUACUAGAGGGACCAGGAAGGUCACUACGACUUCAGAAGCAAGCUCCGCGUCAACAACUGCUACAAAGACACGACGACCUGCGACCGCUACAGCCUCAAGAGCACCUGUUUCUCGGCCGGUAACUCGGACUGGUCGUCGUCCUAGUGAGACGAGCGACACCAGUGAGGCAAGUGCCGGAACUGUAGUCAGAAAACCGGCCACGUCCAAGAAGGCAGCACCAGCAGUGACGCGUACCACUGUCAUGGGAACUAUUCGAAAGGGGGUUACCGGUGCUACGGCGAAGAGAGCAGCGGCAAAAGCAGCGGCACCCUCAGCCACAACAGCAGCGAGUGGUAGGGUGUUGCGCAAGCGAGGAUAG